AUUAAUCAUUUUACUUUUGUUAAGGAAUCACAUACAAUUUUUAUUUAGGAAGCAACAAUUUUAUUAGAAUUUUUAAUAUCAAUGUUUUGAAAAAGUUCAAUUUUUGUGCAGAAAAGUGGUAUUCAUACCGUAAACCAUAAUGUCGGCGUACCAUCGAAAUGUACAAUAUCUGCAACAACAGUUUUCAGCUUUGCUGCACAACACAUCGCCUGUUAUUACGCUUAUCUGUGUGGUCACUGGCUUUGGAUAUUUACUCUCGUACUCGGAGACCGCUGUGCGGUUGUUGAGUGUCACUCCAGGCAAAAUACUUCCAAAUGCUGAGUUCUGGAUAUGGACAGCAUUUACAUUUUGUUUUAUUGAAUUACAUUGGUGGGAAGUGAUUGUCGAUGUCGUCACCGUGGGACUAUGUGGCAAAAUGUUGGAACCAUUAUGGGGACAAUUGGAAAUGUUCAAGUUUUUUGCUCUAACAAAUUUUGGUGUAUCCAUACUUACAACAAUAUAUUAUCUGUUGUAUUUUGUUGUGACCGAUAAUGAAAGUAUACUCUUCGACGUACACAUUCAUGGACUGGCCGGCUACGUAGCAGGUAUUUGUGUAGCAGUACGACAAAUAAUGCCCGAUCAUUUAAUUUUCAAAACGCGGUGGGGCAAAUUAACUAAUAGAAACGUACCCUUAACUGUGUUGGUGGCGUCAAUUCUUAUGUGGGCAAUUAAAUUAUUGGAUGGUACAUAUCCAACAAUGUUCGGUUCCGGACUUAUUGUGGCAUGGGUUUAUUUGCGCUUCUAUCAAUGGCAUCCAAAUGGGCGUGGUGAUAGCUCUGAAAGUUUUACAUUUGCCAGUUUCUUUCCAAAUGUCAUGCAGCCUGUAAUUAGUAUUCUGGUAAAUCCCAUCUAUAUAUGUUGCUUAAGAUUGGGCAUUGUCAAAACACCAGCGCCACCACGUGCAUCUUCUCUAGCUGGAAGUUUGUCUUCAGUAUCCAUACAAAUACCUGGUGCAGAUGCACAUGAUAUAGAACGACGAAGACAAAUCGCCCUAAAAGCAUUGAGUGAACGCUUAAAAUCUACAGAUGCAGCGCGGCAUAAUCAAUUGCCGAAAUCGUUUCCAACAGUCAGCACUGGUGGAGCGCCUAUGUCAGGGCAUCAUCAUCAUCAUCAUCAGAAACACCAACAUCAUCACAGUCAACAGCAUGGACAUCAUAGCCAUGGUCAUGGGCAUAGUCAUAGUCACCCACACGGUCAUGGACAUACACAACAACAUGCACCAGAGCAUGUUAGCCCAGAGGCAUUACUAAAUCCCUCUUUUAUGGGCAAAUCACAGCAUAUUAGCGCUAACAUUUCGUCACCUAUAACGAGUGUACGUGCAGAACCGCGUAUGAUCAGUACAAUGAGUACGAUAGCGAUACCAAUGCCGGCGCCACCGCCUAGGAAUGAUGUAAAUACAGAUACGAAUACGACAAUGAGUGACGCCCUAAUCGACCUGAGCGGUACGUCUAAGCAGUAGGUAUAUUAAUAUAAAGGCGUUACAAAGUAAAUUGGUAUUUUGUUUUUCACGAAUAAUAAUAUAUAUAUAUGUAUGUAUAUGUAAACACUCGUAUGAAAAAGACGCACCACAAAUUGAAUGCACACUUAAGAAGUUUAGUUACAUUCUUAGCAGUGGUAAAUGUGAAUAAACUGGGAGCGGUCUACUUGUAAAAAAAAAAAACGAAAAAUAAAGCGAUAUUGUUUUGAAUAGAGUACAUCACAAUACCUUAUAUUUAAAGAGAAAGAAAUCAAAUAGAUGUGUUUACAAUUACACGUUCGAAAGUGAGAUAACACAUAACGGACUUGUCAACGAGCAUAAAAAAAAUAUAUAUGUACAUAUAUACAUAUAUCUCCAUAUGUAUAGCGCUGUAUGCAUGUAGGUUGCCUUUUCGAUUUACCCGUGACAGUUAAGCAUCUUAAUGUUAUAAGAGAGAGAACAUCCGUGAUAUGUAUUUCUUUUUUACUUCUUAAAUAACUAAGUUUGUUGGAACAUGUAAAAAAAUUGCCUAUAACUUAUUUGCAAAAUAAAACUAUUAAUACGCA